AUGCCGAGCUCCGACGGAGCCUCUCGGCCGCCAGAUUCGGAAGCCAGUCGUGCAGCCUCUCUCGCUGGGCGCUCCUCUCGGACCGCUUCCCUCGGUGACAGUAGCUCACUAAUCUCCACCGCGACACCGGAGCCCAACAUCGCACCUGAAGCCUCAUUUACGUCCUCAACCAGCCACAAGACUUCCGAAGAUCAGGCAGAUGGGAUAACAAACGCCCAACUUGAUGAUGAUACUCUGAGACGCUCCCCUCUCUCACCGUUCAGUCCAGGGCCCUAUAACGCGCCGCCCGCUCCGCCCUCCAUCGGCGAAGAUGCCGGUGAGGAAGAGGAUGAAGAGCCGCGCAUCGCGACUUCGUUCCAGCGCGACUCAAUAUCUGCGUCAGCUCAGAAGCAGCGGCAAGUCUAUUUAGACACUGGUGGGGAAGAUGGGAUAUACCGGAUGCACAAGUUUUCGCUCUACGAGACGGCGACGUGGUUCUAUAUGGUUGGUAUGGAUUUGUCCGAUACAAGAUUUCGAAUCUUGAAGAUUGAGCGAACUUGCGAUACGGACGAUCUUAAUAUCAUUGAGGAUGAGAUCGUUUAUACGAAGAGGCAGAUGAGUCACUUGCUGGAUGCAAUCGACGAUGGGAAUAAGAGUUCCGGUGGGUUGAAGCUGAAGUGCAGUGCUUGGGCUAUACUUGGCUUCGUGCGGUUUACUGGGCCUUAUUACAUGCUUCUGGCUACGAAGAGAAGUCAGGUGGCCAUGCUAGGAGGUCAUUAUGUCUAUAAGAUCGAUGGGACGGAGUUAAUCUCGCUUACGACGUCUUCGAGCUCGUCACGGUUUAAACCUGAGAAGAACCCAGAGGAAGCGAGGUACAUUGCAAUCCUCCACAGUCUUGAUCUCACCCGAGCGUUCUAUUUCAGCUAUUCGUACGAUAUUACCAACACAUUGCAGAACAAUAUCAAUCGAGAACGCAAGCUGCAUGAGGAUGGACUACCGAGGGAUUUCCGGCAGGAUUUCAAUACGAUGUUUAUUUGGAACCACCAUCUCCUUACCCCGGCUAUCAUGAGCCUGAAGAAUCCUUACCAGUGGUGUCUGCCUAUAAUCCACGGGUAUGUCGAGCAGGCCAAGAUGUCCGUUUAUGGGCGGCUUGUAUACAUCACCAUCAUCGCUCGACGAUCUCGGUACUUUGCCGGAGCACGAUUCUUGAAAAGAGGCGCCAACGAUCUUGGUUAUGUAGCAAAUGAUGUAGAGACCGAGCAAAUUGUGUCCGAGAUGACUACGACCUCGUUCCAUUUGGCAGGCCCAAGUCUCUACGCAAAUCCUCUAUAUACGUCUUAUGUCCAGCAUCGAGGGAGUAUUCCGCUGUACUGGACGCAGGAAAACUCGGGUGUCAGUCCAAAGCCCGACAUCGAGUUGAACUUGGUGGAUCCGUUCUACUCUGCUGCGGCCCUACAUUUUGACAACCUGUUUGCACGAUACGGCGCACCGAUAUACGUCCUCAACCUCAUCAAGUCGCGCGAACGGACACCUCGCGAAUCAAAAUUGUUGAGGGAAUUCACAAACGCUGUGGAGUAUCUCAACCAGUUUCUGCCUGAAGAUAAGAAGCUCAUAUAUAAGCCCUGGGAUAUGAGUCGGGCAGCCAAAAGCCGGGAUCAAGAUGUUAUCGAAACCUUGGAAGAUAUCGCGGGCGAGAUCAUUCCAAAAACCGGCUUCUUUCAAAAUGGACAAAGUCCGGAGACUGGGUUAAAAGUGCAAAAUGGGAUCGCGAGAACGAAUUGCAUUGACUGUCUUGACCGUACAAAUGCUGCACAGUUUGUGAUUGGAAAAAGAGCACUGGGGUACCAGCUUCAUGCUCUGGGUAUUAUUGAAGGAACGACUGUUGAGUACGAUACGGAUGUUGUCAACCUUUUUACCGAUAUGUGGCAUGAUCAUGGCGACAACAUCGCCAUCCAGUACGGUGGGUCGCAUCUUGUCAACACCAUGGCUACGUACCGCAAGAUCAACCAGUGGAGUAGCCAUUCUCGCGACAUGGUGGAGAGUUUCAAAAGGUACUACAAUAACUCUUUCCUCGAUGCCCAGCGUCAGGAAGCGUACAACCUGUUUUUAGGAAACUAUAUCUUCUCACAGGGACAGCCCAUGCUCUGGGAUCUUUCCACCGAUUACUACCUGCAUCACGCAGACCCCAGGUACUGGGCGAACAAAAAGAAGCCCAACUAUAUCAAAUGGUAUACAGAAGAGAACUUGAAGAAACGCGAAGUGCCCGUUCCCCCGGUUCCGCCAAAAGAACCAUUAUCCCGCUACGACGACUACUGGUUUGAGUACUACCGCCCACUAGCAGUCUCCUCCUUUUCCAAAAUUUUUUCGUACAAGAUGAACUCGACACUCCGCUACCUGCCCUUCCGCCCAACAUCCACAGACGAUUAUAACCUCAGUCCUUUUGUCCCGCGCAUCUCCCACGAACAGCUUAACCGCGAACGCCCCCAACGAAGCGUCAAGAUUCAAGAGCCAGAGCCGCUGGCCAACCCUCCAAAUCCUCACCAGCCAUAUACAGCUGAAAAACGCCCGGGGAUAAUGAAACCCAUUUCUUCACUCGGAACACUCCAAAACACAAACGCCGCCUCCAGCCACCCAUCUAUGGACUCCUCACUCACAAACCCCACCCCCAGCAAAGCCCAAAUCGCCCAGUGGACGCUCGGUCAACUCGUGUCCGACUCCCUCAAUCCCUCCGUGACAGCCGCAGAGGCCGAAGAGUACGAGCGCUACAUCAACCACCCGCUUAAAGUCCCACUGGUCGUGACGUCUGAGGAUGAACUAACCGCUGCAUCAAUACGUGAGCACGAAGCUAAUCUGGAUCUGGUCGAAUACAUGAAUAAGUGCAACGUGGAGGAAUAUACCCUUAGCGCGAACGCUGAGGAGAAUCUAGCGGACUACGCGGAAUUCUUGCAUGUUUCCGAGGAGGGGCUCACAGUUGUCGAGGCGGAUAAGGAUAAGAAGAGAUAUAAGCGGUAUGGGCAGUGGUUGAAGGGGAAGAGCCUUUUCAAGCAGAGGGUCGAGACUUAGUGCUAGACUAGGUUGAUUUGGUCCCUCCUAUCCAUCGUCAUACCUAUGGACAUUGAUACUCCUCGCGAAAUCCCCUAAAGCGACUGUGGGCCUUGGCUUCCCAGGAUUGAGUCUGAGUCUUAUCAACUGUCAAGCCCGCAUAGAUUUGAACCGUCUGCCUCCUUUCGACUCCCUUUUGGGUGACAAUUGUACCAUUGAAUCAGAGGAUUUCAACUGGGAGCGGGGAUGCUCCUCUUCAUCCUCAGUUGAGAGAGCCAAUGGCUU